CAGAAGCAAGCUAAAGCCCCUGCUGGUUUUUGGAGAUGCUGAAGAUGUGGAGUGGGCUUCAGAGGAGACUGUGGCAAUAUCAGGUGGUACCAGCAGGGCAGUGCUUUCAGUAUCUGCACAUGAAAGUUGGAGACCGAGCGGAGCUCAGCAGAGCCUUCACACAGCAGGAUGUGGCUACCUUCUCAGAGUUAACGGGAGAUGCCAAUCCUUUGCACUUAAGUGAAGAUUUUGCAAAACACACCAAGUUUGGAAAGACAAUUGUGCAUGGAGUUUUGAUAAAUGGACUUAUUUCAGCUCUCCUGGGCACUAAAAUGCCAGGGCCAGGCUGUGUGUUUCUUUCCCAGGAAAUUAAAUUUCCUGCUCCUUUAUAUAUUGGAGAAAUGGUUUUAGCAUCUGCAGAAGUGAAAAGGUUGAAGCAGUCUGUUGCUGUUGUUGCAGUGUCCUGUUGUGUAAUAGAAAGUAAGAAGACAGUUAUGGAAGGCUGGGUGAAAGUUAUGGCCCCAGAAGCUCCUAGAUCCUGAAAUACAAAUUUAAAGUUAAUGUUAAAAAAAACCUGUACUCUUAUAAUCAAAUGACAUCUGGGGAGCUGGGCUGUUGCUCUUCAUGAAGGAAUGCUGGUACACCCAAAAGCUAUGUGUAGAAGGGGAAAUUUGCAGAUUGGUGUAUGAUUUGUCAAGACUUAAAUAUGUGCAAGAUCGCAUCAUCUAUCAAGGUUUGGAUUUCUUUCCAAUUAAAAAACAAUUGAG